UGUCGAAGAGUCGUCCUAUCACAUUCCAUCAAUUAUGCAUCGGUACACCAUUUCCAACGUCUUGGCCGAUGCGUUGUAUGGCAAGGUGCAUCUAUGUCGCGACCGAAUCACAGGAGACUCGGUGGCCAUCAAGUGCAUGUGCGUCGUGUCGGCAGCUACAAAGGUGUCCACGGGUGGACUGCGUAUUCAAGAAGACGUGUCGAUGGAGAAGCAUGUGAAUCAAACAUUGGAUGCCCGCGGAGGCCACCCGCACAUUCUGCGCAUGCGUACGGCGUUUGUAGAAGCUGGCUACGAGCACUUCGUCUUGGACUUUUGUGCCUUGGGCGAACUCUACGCGGUGCUGGAUGAAGCCCCUGGUGGAUUGUUUGGCAAUGACCGAGCGAGCCGGUACUUUCGUCAAAUCGUAAGUGGUGUGAGGUUCUUGCAUCAGUCCGGGUUUGCGCACCGCGACCUGUCCCUUGAAAAUGUGCUCGUGGACGGAAACGACAACUGCCAGGUCUGCGAUUUUGGGCUGGCCGCGUCGAGCUCACAUUUGCAAGCAGAGCGCGUCGGGAAAUCGUUUUACAUGGCUCCAGAAGUGGUCGCGAACGAUGCUGUGUACGAUGCUUCCAAGGCAGACGUGUGGUCACUAGGCAUGAUGCUGUUCGUCAUGUUGACUGGACAACCCAUGUUUGACGUGGCGGAGCACAGUGACGACCGGUUCCACUUCUUGGCCACCAAGGGAUUGCGCCGCCUUGUGACAGCGUGGAACCUCGACAGUCUCGUAACCGCAGAGGCAAUGUCUCUACUACAAGGCAUGCUGACAGUCGACCCGGCUCUGAGGUGGACCAUCGAUGAAGUGAUUGCUCACAACUACGUGAGCACAAAGCCGAAUGCACUGACGACUUACACAGGCAUGCAGUCAACGGCAUUGUCGCCAAACGGAAUCGUGUCGUGCUUUGAAACUUAUCGAUCUAGCUGUGGCUUCGUAUAACUGUUAGUAGUCUUAACUUGUGUAAAUGUCAGUAGCGUCAAUUGGUC